UGAAGCCGUCUGUGGAUGGUUCCUCUUUAAUUAUUACCUUGUUCUCUUUUCAUCAUAUCAUCACUUAGAAAUUUGGUGAUCAGUCUUAAAUAGCAGUAGCUGAAGGUCUACAUACUGUAAGAACUGUCAGAAUGGCAUUUAAUCAACAACAGCCGUUUUACAACCCGAAAAUCCCAUUUACUGGUUCAAUCCAGGGAGGCUUGCAGAAUGGGAAGAGUAUUAUCAUAAGUGGACGGGUUUUGCCAUGUGCUAACAGAUUUCAUGUGAACCUCCAUUGUGGUUCUCAUUCUGCAUCAGAUAUUGCUCUGCAUUUUAAUCCACGAUAUGAGCGAGGCUCUGUGUAUGUGGUGCACAACACCUGUCAGAAAGGUUGCUGGGGUUCAGAGGAACGCAAGUAUGAAUCUCCUUUCGCCUUAGGUCAUCCGUUCACCCUCCAGAUCCUUGUCACCCAGGACACAUACAAGAUAAGCACUAAUGGGAGACACUUCAUGGACUUCAAACAUCGUAUUUCAUACACUCAAGUUGACACCAUCUCAGUGGGUGGAAUGGUGGAGUUGAAUUCUGUUGUCUUUCAGAAUCCUCCCUUCUUACCUCCACAGCCUGGUUUUCCUGCUUUUCCUCCACAGCCAGGUUUUCCUGCUUUUCCUCCACAGCCAGGUUUCCCGCCUCAGCAUGCCAUACCUCCUGUAUGUGGGUUUCCUUCAUACCCAUCUGCAGUCGGCUAUACGAUCCCAUACAAAACGAUAAUCAACGGUGGAUUAUAUCCUGGCAAAAACAUUCUCAUCCAAGGAAUUAUUAACCCUAAUGCCAAGAGAGUAGCGUUUAACCUGUGUCACAGAACCGGGAUUGCAUUGCACUACAAUCCCCGAUUUGAUGAGAAUGUGGUUGUUCGAAACAGUCAUAAGAUGGAGAAGUGGGAUGCAGAGGAACGGUUUGGAGGCAUGCCAUUCCAAAGAGGACAACCUUUUCAGGUCACCAUCACUUGCAAUCCCCAUCAUUACAAUGUGUUUGUCAAUGGCCAACAAGCACACACUUUCAAUCACCGUUACACAAAUCUGCAUGAGAUUGAUAUUUUGGAGGUUUGUGGGGAUGUACAGUUAACUUUAGUGCAGGUUUAACAAGGAUUUCCUUUUUAAUAAAUCCCCAUAAACCAUAUUUUUAGCAAAAGAAUGGACAAGAUGUUUUUACUGUGAAAUGCAAUACCCCAAAACUAUUCAUUAUAAUUAUAGACUGAAACAUCACCAAGUUGCAGUAUUAUAUAUAGUGGUCUGUUUAUAUUAUAAAAGUCAACUCUUCUUUGUUUUCCUCAUAGCUCAAAGUAAACUGGAUUUUGUCAGUGAUUAUUCAUCUAAAUAAUGUUCACCUUCAACAGUUAAGGUCAUCAAGGGCACUCUUAUUUAAAUAAAAUAGAUACAUUUUAUACAAAAUUGUGUCUGUAAAGUGUAAGCAUUUGCACCUGUAAACAAUAUUCUCAGCUUUUUCCAAGGAGCCGGGAAGGCAAUAACAAUUUAUUCAGUAUUUCCAUUAGAGGAUCAAUGUGGGUUUUUGUUAAUGUAGUGAUCUUAAAAAGUUGUAAGGUUGUUAUACCAAUUAAAUAAUUUAGACAAAA